CGCUUUCAGUCUUUCCGAGUCUCGAUCGCGCGUGGGUCGCGUGCGCGUCGCUUAAUUUCCGCGCGUUUACGCGUCCUUUAUCUCCGCACGCGUUUUCUUCGCGCGUUGUCCAUCGAGUUCUGCUACGCUUAUAGUUUAUCCAAUUCCGAAAAAGUUUUACAUUAAAUUUAUUCCAAGUUUUUUUUCCACAAGUUUACGAAGAAAGAGUGCAGUUUUCUCCUUUUUAUUUAUUUUUUUUUUUUUCAUUAACGUAGUGCGCGCGCCAUGUGACUACGCACAAAUUAUCAUAUUUCCAAGGAAUAGAAAGAGAGAAAAGAGAAGGGGAAAAAAAAAUAAAGGAGAGGUAGGAAAAAUAAUCUUACUUCCCUUGGCAAAUCUUUUCAUUUUCUUCUAAUCCCCUUUUCCCUCCAUCCCCCGUAGCCCUUCUCUCUUCCUUUCAAAAGUUUAGCGUCACUUCUUCGAACGGUCGCUUUUGUGUUUCACGCGACGCGAGACCACGUGAUUUCGAGCGUUCCUUCUAAUCUUUUCUUCUUCUUCUUCUUCUUAUUCCUCUUUCUCCUCCUUCUCCUUCUCCUUCUUCUUCUUUUCUUCCUCCCCUUCUUUUCCACCAUUAGAACGAUCUUAGCUCAAGGCGAUGCGCUUUGGAGCACGAGAUGGAUAGUACGAUACGGUGUGUCAGAUAAGCCCGAAGCAAGUUUUUUUGACAGAAGAAACGAAGUAAGAAAGAGAUAGAUGGAUAGAUAGAGUGCCAAGUUUUAGACGAGUUUUCCUAAGAGUUUUUCAACGGUCGUGCUUUUUGGUGUCUCGCAGCUGGUGCGCGUGGAGCGUUGUUCCUUGUGAACAAGGAAGAAAGAAGAAAAAAGGAAGAAAAAGAGUGAGAAAGAGAGAGAGAGACAGAGAGAGGGAGAGAAAGAUAGAGAGGAAAAGGGAGAUAUAUAAAGAAAGAGGGAGAGAACGAAGGGAAGGAAGAAAGAAAGAAAGAAAGAAAGAAAGAAAGAGAGAGAGAGAGAGAGAGAGAGAGAAGAGGUCAAAGGAUACCAAACUUUUUCUCCGGGAUUCUUUAUAUUCUUUCAAGGUGAGUGUUCCACCAUGAUAUUUUCCAGUGAUUUUAACGAUCUCGCAAAAGUGGAGACCUUGAUUUCGUUGAAACGAUAUUUAACGAUACUAAAUAAAGAGUUAGACGAGAGAAGAAGACUGAUAAAUGAAGGAUAGAAAGGAGAAAGAAGAAAGAAGAAGCCGAGAGAAGUCACCUUGUAUGGAACUCUAACCAACACGCGGCCUGAAACUGAAAGCGUGACUUAUGAACGCCAACCGAGAUAAAGGAUCUUGAUACGAAUUUGUUGGAGCUUGGCUUUUACGUACUCACGUCAGAACUCAAAUCAUCACGGAACAUAUGUUAAAGAGUCCGAAAAUUACGAGAACUGAAAAUAAUCUACCGUCGAUAUUUACUCGGCGAUAUAGGACACCGUAACAUUGUCGUGUUAUCAAAAGGAAGCGAUGAAUGGUAGAAUUCGAAGUGAGGGAGAAAGAAACGGCAAGGUAACGCAGAGAACAAGAGGAAAAGAAAUAGAGUGGAACAAACCCGGCAGUGAUGCUUCUACCCGCCCACGUAAAGACAUCGACAACAUUUACGACGAAGGUUUGGAACCUUGGACGGCUGGUAUCAAGAGCGACACAUUGAUGCACCGACUAUCGAUUCGUGGCAGCACCAACGGUGAGGAGACAGCGACCCGCUGGCAAGGAAAUUUCGAUAGACAAAUCCCCAGGAUGGAGCUGACAACGGCGAGAUUGUUACUCUGCUUAAUUCUGACAAUGAUGGCCAUGUGCCGAGGACAAGAUGUCGCCCAAGACUGGAUGCAGUGCACUGCGUCGUCGUGUAAAUGCAAAUGGGUGUCCGGUAAGAAAACGGCCGAGUGCAUGAGGCAGAAUCUAACGCAAGUACCGCAAAACUUGUCAUCGGAGAUCCAGAGUCUAGAUCUUACUGGGAAUCGAAUACCCCACUUGAUCGAAGACAUCUUCAAACUGAACAAUCUCGUGAAUCUUCACAAAUUGGUACUGCGCGAGUGUGGCAUCGAGACGGUGCAUCCAAAGUCGUUCAGAGCACUGAAGAUCAUAAUCGAGAUCGAUCUCUCAGCUAACAACAUUAGAACUCUCCAUCCUGGUACUUUUGUUGAGACCCUACGACUCAGAGUGCUACUCUUGAAUCAAAAUAAACUGAGGGCCCUAGAGGAUGGUUUGUUCUUCAACUUGACCUUCUUGCAGAAGGUUGAGGUAUCCGAUAAUAAAUUGGAAAGAAUCGAGGAAAAGACAUUUCGCAAUUUACCUGGUCUACAGUCCCUCACUUUAGACGGCAAUAAUCUGAGCGUACUUAAGCUUCACAGUUUCGAGAAUCUACCAAAAUUGAACAGUCUCGAGCUUCAGAAUAAUCCUUGGAACUGUAACUGCCGACUCAAGAGAUUUCGCGAUUGGACGAUAGAACGAAAAUUGUACACGAAGCCUAACACUUGCCAACAACCAGCCAAUCUUGCUGGGAAGAUGUGGGACGAGGUUAGUAGCGAUGACUUUGCUUGUCGCCCAGAAAUCUUUGUGAUAGGACCAGCAGGAAAACUCGAGAUCGGCCAAGGAGAUGCGAAACUCUGGUGCAGAGCCACGGGCAUUCCUCGACCUCAGCUCGUCUGGGUGCAUCGAUCGAAAGUGUUGAACAAUCAAAGCAGACGACAUAAUGGAGAACGUGGUUAUAUUAUCGAGUCCAGUAACGAUUGGUUGAAUCUAACUAUCCCUGAUGUCGGUCCAUCCGACAAAGGUGAUUACGUUUGCCUUGCGAAGAAUCCAGGUGGUAGCGUAGAGAAGAAUGUAACUCUGAGCGUCGUGGGCGACCCUAUCAGUGGUAGGGAUAGUACGAUUAGUCUACCUUUGGCUAUCGGACUCGGUAUUGCUGCCCUUCUACUUCUCCUCGUCACGGUGACGCUCUGUACUUGCUACUGUCGACGUCGUCGAGAUCAUCAUGAUGAGAAAGGCUUGGAAGCAGUAUCUCUAGAACAUCAUAGUCUAGGCGAACAAGAGAAGUCUUUGAUCACGACCAUAAACACCAGCUCGGUUAAAACAGCCAGGCGAUAUGAGGCACCCUCCGUGACAUCGCACGGCACCGAAAUGACGGAGCUGAAUCGAACCCUUCUCGACAACGACUCGGUCUUCGCUGACGGUGUGGUCGGUAGCGGCGUAAUCGGCAACGUGGUCGGCGGAGGAUUGGACGAGGAAAGAGAGGAGGGUCCCAGGACGACAGAAUUCGAUAAUGGGGGUGCAGGUGGAACUUUGAGCCGUGUCGGAAGUGGUACUUACCGACAAUAUCCACCAGACCUGUUGGCCUUCUCUGGUGGUCGUGGAGCUUCGCCAACCAGUCAGGCUUCUACAGCGCCAGACAACACUCGUCUUCCUAGUCAGCAACAUCAACCUCAGCAACAGCAACAACAACAGCAGCAUCAGCAACGACAGCAUUCGACCUCGAGUCCGACGUCUUUGGGCUAUAACUCACCACCCGGACAAUAUCCUGCAACUUUCAAGACUCUCCCUCAUAAUCGAAGCGUCACGCCGUACGGUCUUGCAGGAUCUGCAGUAGCACCGGUGAUGCCUCGUCACGGAUACGUCACCAUUCCAAGAAGACCUCGAGCUCCCAGCUGGAGCAGUGGCCCACCGACUUCGCCCACUGAUGCAUUGGAACCCGUAUAUGAUAAUCUAGGCCUACGCACUACAGCAGACGGCAGCUCUGUGCUUUCCCUAAAUAAAAGUCCGGAGACCGGAUCUUCGGUCAGAGGAAGGCAAAUACCUGGUACACCGACUUCCCACUAUGCGACCAUGCAACGAAGCACUCCCAACAUAUUAGCCGGUAGUUCGAAUGCACUCGGUACCCUCGAUAGAUCAGCACCCGAGGGUGCUCCCGAGGCCAUUUCCGACUGGUCCAUUAAAUUGGCCGAUGAGGCUCUCGAUAUCAGCUCUAGAUCUCUCGGUUUACAACAACAAGGUAACAAUACGUUAGGUAGGAAGAUUCCACCUAGGCCCCCUCCAAAACCCAAAAAGAAAUCGACCAACGGACCUCUCUACGAAGACGAGGAUGAGGAUGGCACGGAAGUAUGAUCCUAUGAAUAUAAUGGACGAUGAGGACGUCGGGUCUUCCUACUUCUUCGUUCCCGCCACUACUACGUCGAGCCAUACUACUCUAUCGAGUCGCCGGCGAUCUCGGGAAAGAAACCAAUAGUGCCUUCAUUCGAAGAUUUUGAUGAUUCUUCUUCCGACGUGAACGCAAGUCGAUGUGGUUCUUCUUUCGGACAAAGAAACGAUGCUGCGACAUGACGAUGAUGAGAGGACGACGAUUCGUCGUUUUAUCGAACAUCGAGCUGAUGAGGGAUGAAGAUAAACGGACUAUAAUUCGCAUGGGAUGCGAUUUAUCACUCUUUCUCUCGAUACGCGUUUUCUUUUCCCUCAUUUUCUCUUCUUUUUCCUCCUUUUUCUUUUUUUCUUUGCUUUCUUUUCCAUUUAAAUCUUUUCGUUCCUUUCAUUUUCUCCUUCGCUUUUUAUCGACUCGUCCGACAAGCGAGAUUAGAACGAUUUCACGAUUUAUAUCGCGAGAUAUUGCUUCGCGAAAAAUCGUUAUGCGAUGUUAACGAUUUCGUAGAAUGAUAUUAAUUGAGAGACAAUGAGACAAGUAAGGAGUAUUUAAAAAAAAAUUGUAACUUUCUUUCUAAGAUAACCUGAAUUAUUAUUAUUUAAUCCGAUAAAUUGAAUUUAUCCUUGACUGAUUAAAGAUUAUAUUUAUUUGUUAAGACAGAGGAGAACUUUUCCAAUAUCUACGACGAUCUUCUUCUAUUUAUCGCAGUUUCUCAAUUUCCGAGAAAUCAAGCUGGUUAACGUGUCGUCGAUUUUCUCCGGUCUCUCCAAACAACUCAGGUCACUCUUUAACUUCUGUUCUUUAAUAUCGUUCAAUGUACACGUGAAACUCCGUUUCGUGAUCGACCAAGCAUUCGUGGUUUAUGGUUGUUCGACUAUAGAAGCUUUUUGUGUUGAUGAAAGGUGUUAGAUUUAUUUGACAAGAUUAAGUAAGCUAUUUCUAUUAUCGUAUCCAUUGGAACACUUUAUAUAAUUAUUUCCAACAUUUUAUUGAUAUUUCAAACUACGGAUGAAAAUAAAAUGAAGAAAGUAUAUCAUUUCGUGGAAAAAAACUUUGAACAUUUUUUCGGACAAAGUUUCUAAAGGAAUAAUAUUAUAAAAAAAAAAAAAAAUACAAAAAAAAAUACAAAAAAAUACAAAAAAAAAUACAAAAAAAAGAAGUACAUUCUUUUAUUCAUCGGUGAUUGCGAGACUUGCAACAAGUUGUAAAAAGUCGAUUCUAAAAAUUCUCUCUCUCAGGAUGAAAAAGAAAGAGCAAACAGAAGAAAGGUGAAUAGGCCCGGAAAAGAUGCUUUAAAAUAAAAUGCAGUAAAACUAUAACGAUCCUCGUGGCUCGUGGCCAAUAAAUCCAGUGUCAAAGAACGACCUUUCCGGGGAGAGUGGUUGGAAUCUGCCGUGUGAAAUACUGCCGGCAAUGCCGAACAUCGUGUUAGCGAAAAAAGCUUUUCCGUAUUGCAUUCGAUAGCUACGGAUCGCCAUCGUUUAUUUAGAAAACGCGCGAGCGCGAAAGCUGAGCGAACGAAACAGAAACGAGGAGAAAAAAAAAUCGUGUUGUACCAUUCAUAGGUCGAAAUAAAAUGGUCAAUAACAUCGUAAGUUGGAAAUAAAGAUGUAAAAGCGGACAGAUUCUAUAGCGAUAUACGAUAUUACAUGAUUGUACCUGAAUCUCGAAGAUCUCGUUUCUAUGAUGACAACAAAUUUCCAUUUUUAUCGAUCUAAAGCUGAAAAACAAACUCUCCGUGGUAUAUCUAUCUAUCAAAAAAUAUUUUCUUACUAUACGAAUUGAAGAGUAUUGGUUCUUCCUUCAAACAUGCUCGUUGAUAAUUUUUUAUAUUUCUAUCGUCAUACAUAUUUAAUUUUAUAUAAAUAUAUUUAUAUUAUAUUACGUUUGUAUUUCUCACUUGUCUCAUUCGAUCGAUUACUCAUUGCUUCUCAAUUAAUAUUAUUGUUAAAUUUUCAAAGGUUCGUACGUAUAUCAAACAAAGAAUCAUAUUUCGAAUUAUGAAACAUGAUCCUCUGUUUUCGGCAUUGUAAAAAGAAUAUUGUUAGGCUUUUAAUUGUUACAGAAUAGUCAAGCUUAAAUUCAAAACGUUAAACUAAAAGUAUAUGCGAAAAAUUUGAGCUAAUAAUAUAGCAAAGAUUAAUAAAAUAGCAAAUAAAAGUAGCAAAGAUUUUCUUUGUGUUUUUGUAUUUUUAUUCAACAGUUAGCUGAACCAGAAGCUCAAAUUAUUCGCGAAUGCUUCGUUACUUCCAAACGUAACGCAUAACGAAUGGACAAUAUAUAUAUAUUUGUUAUUUGAAAGUCUUGUUCGAUAAGUUAUUUUUUUUUUUUUUCUAAAAUUCUGGAAAUAAGCUAUUAACGAUCGAUUCUUUUUUUUCUGGAAAUAAUCUAUUAAAAUAAAUAAAUUUAUCUAACUAAUAGGAAAGGCCAAUGACAAUUAAAUUUAAUUAUCUUUUAACGUUUAUUAGAAACUCGUUAGUCCCGAAAGUUAUUUCUUUUUGGAUUCUUUUGCAUUCGGUCAUUUUACAAAAACGAAUAAUAAGAUAAAGGAUCGAACAGAAUGAAGGAUAUAGAAUUAGGUAAUUAGAUUCAAUCGAUAAAUACAGGUGCCAACUCUCAGCUCUCUUCCCAUCUAUCUCUACUUAGAAAGGAAAAGAAGGUAACAAAAGCAGAGUUCGUUAAAGUGAAAAAGAAAGAUAGGAAGGAGCAGCAUCGAUACACUAAGGGACUUCGCCGCGUAAUAUUUUCAGCGGUCUAGAAUGAGAAAAAAAAAGAAAAAAGAUAACUAGAAAGAAAAACGAAGAGAGAGAGAGAGAGAGAGAGAGAGAGAGAAAAUCGCGAGCCGUUUGUUCGUUUUUCAAGAGAGAAACCGGCCGAGCAUGCGAUCUAAUGUACAUAUAUACACAGACUGGCGAGUGAUUGUCAUUGAACAUUGUUUAUAUGUAAAUACGAGAAGCGAUGAAAUAAAAGAGGGAAGAGUAAAGAGAGGAAGGAAAUAAAAGCGGAAAGAGAGAGUGAGGGGGAGAGAGAGAGAAAAAAGAGAGAGAGAGAGAGAGAGAGGGAGGAAGAGAAAAAGCAGAAGAAAGGAUCUCAUAUACGGCCGGCGCGGUCUCGCGAGUAUAUUUUUGUAGUUUUGUAUUUUGAUGUGCUCUCUGAGCGAGAUCCCCGUGCUUGCUCACACCGAGAAAACGAUAGGACGUUCGCAGGAUGGCCGACAACGUCGACAAUGAACGUGUUUAGCGUCGUUUCGUCAAUCGAUCGACAUUUCGCGUAUGCACGAAUUACGAAUUAUAUUCAGUGGCAUUCGCGUAUAUACAUAUGCUGUACAAGUAUAUGUACAUGUUAAAUACAAGCAUAGGUAUGUCUCUCUCUCUCUCUUUUUCUCUUUAUAUAUAUAUAUAUAUAUAUAUAUAUAUAUAUAUAUAUAUAUAUAUCUGUAGAUACAGGCAUACUUAUGUAUUUAUGUAUGUAUGUAUGUAUGCGUACGUAUGUAUAUACAUCCAGCAUAGCUCGCAAUACAAAGCGUUAAAACCAUAAAUCUCGCCAUCCAAAUCGGCACACGUGUCUCGAAUCACGAGCAAUUCACUUUACUUACGCGUUGGCAUUCGUAAGUGGUUAAAUUAUUCUGCCCGUCGAUAUCGAUGCCGAAAUUUCCUAUCCGUCUGUCUGUCUGUCUGUCUGCCUGUCUGUCUGUCUGUCUGUCUAUCUGCUUGCCUGCCUGCCUGCCUGCCUGCUUGCUUGCCUGCCUGCAUACCUGCCACAUCCUUUUCCGGACAUUUCAUCUUCGCGAUAUUUCAACUAACGAGAUAGAAAACGAGAUAGAGGGAAAAGGAGAGGAAGAGAGAGAGGAUGGGAAAAAGAAAGAAUAAAAACGAGUUGGACGAUUUUUGAGUGACGGUAAAUGACGGUACUUGCAAUGGAUAAGGUUGCAAGUUCUACGACAAGAAUAAGAUUCUUUAAAUCUUACGGAUUUUAAUAUUACUUUAUAAAGCUUUAAAUCGUUUUCUUUGAUUUUAAAUCUUAAAUAAGUCAGUUUUAAGAAACUCUUACUUUUAUUAGACGAUCGAUUACUUUCAAAUAUUUAUAAAGUCGGUAAUUAUCUUUGAAAUCAUUUAAAUUUGACCGUAGACAUUUACGUUGUCUAUUUAAUCUCUAGAAAUAUCUAUUAUCACGGUGUUGAUUCAACGAUAGAUGAAUGUAAUAUAACGGGAAGGGAACUUUGUACCAUACGCGAAUAUAACUUUCUCGUCUGAUGGUCUCGAAACGUAAUAAUACACAUUUCCUUGUCGUUAAUCCGUCGUGUGUCUGGUCGUGACGCUCGUAAUCGAGCGUGUAUACGACGACGAGACGCUUGUACACGCAACUACAAUUAUUAUCGUGAGAUACCUCGUUGUAGCAAGCUACCGUGGUAUCAGAGAAUCUCUCUCAACGACACAAUUUACCAACGGACCCUUCCCGACUUCGAAUCAACAUCCUUCGUCUUUCUUUUCUUUCCAAUAUCGUCUUUUACGAUCAAUCCUUUUUUCAAUCCAAUUUGCAAUUUAUUCACCUAAAAUUGGCACUUAAGGAUAUCUUCUAUUUGUUAUUUGUUUCUUGAUAGGAUGAUCCAGGAUAGUAAAUUCGAUUCAAAAAUAAAGGACGAAAAAAUACGUCUAUUAUUAUGGGAGCGAUCGAUCGUUUUCUAAAAAAGUAUAAUAUUACGAUCAGUAUUUUUACAUUUCUAAUAAUGUCUCGGAAAUAUAAAUAUAACAGAUUAUUAAAUAAUGUAACAUUCGUAUAUUUAUUUUACGAAGAAUAUUUCUUUUCAGUAUCGUCAAUUUAUUAACGUAUUUUUUAAGAUAAAUGAUUUACCAAGUUAACUUUCCUUUCACUCAGCUCAUUAAGGAAACUCCAUCAUAAUAUAAUUAUGCUUUACCUGUCAACGUAGUUAAGAACUCAUGUUAUUUAUUGAAACUAUAAAUUGUGCACGUCAGAUACACCGAGUUCACAAUUUGUUAUCGAUAGACGCGAUUAGAGUUAACUGAGUGUUUAAAAAAAAAAAAACGCAGUCUGAAUUACCGUCCGCAAUAACCGAUCCAACUCGAUACUUAUUGUUAGACAUAUUUAAUAUUUAAUUAAUAACGGAGGAGAAAUCGUUAAUCUGUUUUUAACUAAUUAAAAAUUCAUGUUUUCAUAAUAAAACUCUGGCAUUUCAUAUAACAAAAAGGAUCCUUAAUUGAGAAAAUUUCAUUCUGUUUAAUUAAUAUAUUUAAAUGAACAUACAUGUUCAUUUUCAUUUCAAUUAGAGACGGUUUACGUUAAAAACUAUUUUAAAAGAAUUUCAAUACGAUGAUACUUUAAUUGUCCUAAUAUGACUGAUACUUCAAAAUAUACGUUAAUUGGCCAAUCAAGGACAAUCUUACAAUUAGUAUUGAAAGCUAUUAUAUGCUAAAGUACACUAUAAUAUACUUCCAUAAUCAAAAGUCGAUCCACGUUUUAUCCUUUAUUUUAAUAUCAAAUUAUUUCAUAGUUAUCAUCGUUAUAUCGAUUUUCUGCUCUAUAAAGAUCGAUGUUCCUUCACUAAAAUGUAUUAAAAAUUAAAAUAUAAUUUCUUAUAUUUUCUAAAAAAGAGAAAGGAAUUGCGUUAAUUGCGUUCCGAGAAGUUCGCAAAAAUAUUUAAUUAUAGUCCUUUAUGACGAUAACUUUAUCCAUUCGAUAAAGGAAAACGUAUCUGCCUAUACAUAGAAUUAAUGAUAAAAAUCUUACAGGCGAUUGAAACAAAUUCAAUCGGCCAAUUAAUUAAAAUAACUUAUAGAUGAAGGAACAUAUGGACGUAAAAUAAAACUAUAAUAGAGUGCGUGCGAGCGAGCAUGCGUGCGUGAGAGAGAGACAGAGAAAAGAGACUCUGUGUUUUUUCGCCAAUACACACAACACACACACACAACACACACACACAACACACAUACACACACAAACACUAAUAUACCCUGUGGAUAUAAAAAAAAAACGAUAAUUUUACCAUGAAACGUUGUACAAUAUUAGUUUUAAUCGUGUGUAAUACUUCGUAGAGCGUGUAGUUUUCUAAGUGUCUGCUCGCUGAACGAUUACGUAAAUCGUGUGUCCUAAUUGUCGUCGUUGAAACAUUGCCUAAUCAAUUCUAUUGUUGCGCUUAGAAGACGAAGGAAAAGGAAAAAAAAAAGUGAUAACGUAACGU